AAAACUUUAACAUUAAAAUUUGUCACCAGAGAACAGAGAACAAGCAACGGCAAAUUUAAACAAAAUGGGAUGAUCAUUCAGAACCAUGGAUAGAGCAACAAGAUCUGAACUAGUGAAAACAGUUGAGGCACAAAAGGAAAAGUUACAAAAGUAUGAAGCAAAGCUAAGAGAUGUUAUCCAGGCUUAUAAAGGAGUUAUUAAAGAAAAAGAUGCAUUGGAAGCAAGCAUCAAGGCAUUAACCAGUUCUAGACAAAAAGAUAAAGAUGAGAACCAACAUUCAAUACAAGACCCUCUGAAUGUCAGCCAAGAACAACCUCUAUUAGCUCUAUUAUUUGACUCAGAGGAGAAGUCUUCUAAUGAAGAUUCUAGUGAUGAUAAACCUAAAGAGGACCAUUUACAGACUCUGACAACAUCACUGUUUACACUUACACAGGAGAAAUCAAAAGUAGAAGCGAGUUAUGUUGCUGAUAAGAAAAGGCUUCUGACAGAAAAUGAAGAAUUAACUAAAAGAAUCAGUGAAGAACAAGAGCAGUCCAAACAAAAGUUUCAACAGCUGGAAGAACAAGUACAAGAGCUGAAGUCAAAGAUAAUCAGUCAGCAGAAAGAUAGAGAAAAGGAACAGACAGAUCAUGCUGUUAUGUUGAGAGAAUUACAGAAACUACUGUCUGCUGAGAGAAUUAUAAAGGAACAGUUUGAGAGUCAGCUGGAGGAUGCAACAGCAGCUUUAAAAGAAAAAGAAAAACUAGUUCCUAAUUUAUCAGAGGUGUAUGAGAAAAGACUGAAAGAUUUGUCAGCUGAGCUUCAGAAUGUUAAAGAAAAACUUAGGGAAUCUGAACGUAAGGCAAAACAACCAAGUCCUGAGUUCUUAGAGCUCCAGAAACAAAUGGAACGUCUCAAGGUUGAAAACCAAAAACAUAUAAACCAAGAACAAAGGAAUUUGGACGAAUCUGAGAAGAUACUUCAGCAGCAGUCUAUCCAUAGCGAAGAAAGGGUAGCCAUGUUGGAAACCAAACUUUCAGAAAUAUCAAAGGUUGUUGGAGAGUAUGAGAGACUUAAAUGCCAGGACCAAAUAACUAUACAGAAAUUUAAAGAAAGAGUGACUCAGUUAGAUCUAGAGAACACGGCACUGAGUCAGUCUCAGUCGUCGGGGACUUAUGGUCAAGAUGAUGAUACAUCUGAUCCACAGGUCUUUGCUGAAAAAAUAUUAAACCUCAAAGACUUGUUAAAAUCUGCCAACAAACAUUCAGAAAAUCCUGUCAAGCUAAAAGAUUUAUUUACUGAUGAGGAAGAUGCAACUUUAAAUGACUGUCCAUUCUGUGAUAAAGCUAAAGAUGAUUAUGAACAAGUAAAGGAAGAGUUUGAAAGAUAUAAACUACGAGCUCAGUCUGUUCUGAAAAAUAAAAACACAAAGGAUACUGGACCAACUAAAGAAGUAGAGGCCCUUAGAUCACAAAUAACAGAUCUAAGAGAGAAAGUCAAAUCACAUCAUCUACAGCAUGAAGAUGAAUGUGAAAAAUUAAAACAGAAAGCAGAAAACUCCCAUAAAGCCACAAUAAAUCUAACAGAAAAACAUAAACAUGAUGUGGCACUGACAGAAGCAGAGCAUCGUCAUAAAAUGUCUGAACUUGAAAUGGAAAUUAAGAAACAAAGGGACAGAACUGUGUCAUUACUAGCAGAAAAAGAUAGAGAAUUAGACUUUUUCAGACAUCAGAAUUUUGAAGCAAAUCCAUAUUAUCCACAUCUAAGAAAUCCUCCAGAUUCUGGUGCAUCCGCGGAACUUCCACAAGAUUUAAAUCGCCAAAAGACAGAAGAAGAGGAAGCAGUUUCACGUCUUCUUAAUUUACGGAGUUUAGGACAGAACGAUUCCAAUAUGUUGUUCUUUUCUCAGGAGAUAGCGAGAAAAGAUGUGGAGAUCAACUCACUCAGGAAACAAAAACAUCAGUUAGAAACAGCACUUAGGGAGUUACAAGUCACUGCUAGUACAAGAGAAGAAGAGCUUCAUGAUAAAAUAGAAGGAAUGAAAGAAGAAAUCAGAAAAUGCGAACGAGACAAAUCAAGAGAAGGGGCUAAUUUGGAAUAUUUGAAAAAUGUGGCGUAUAAGUUUCUGAUUACAACUGAUCCUCAGUCAAAACAACAAAUGUUGAAUGCUAUAACAACUAUUUUACAAUUUAGUCCUCAAGAAAAAGUUGUGGUUCAUACUCAGUUUAGGGGAUGGUGGAAAUAAUAUUCAUAUUUUUUUGGUAUCUUCUAUGGGACUUUUUUUUAUAUGGAUACAUUCCUUUGAAGGCUGUGAACGAUCUAUUUUUAUAUGACCAUGAUAUUUUGUGAUGAUAUGGUAUGUAGUUGUUGGUCAUCUGUAAACGAUAUUUUUUUUAUGAAGUCUUUUGUUCUUGAUGAAUAAUCCAUUUAGAAUUUAGAAAAACAAAAGCUAGUAUAUAUAUUGAUAUUGAGAAUUAUAGUGAAAUGUUUUUGUAAAAGAAUGACCGGAAAGACCAAAAUUAGAUGUUCUCUUAUGGUUGUGGACUGAAUAGUGUGUGAUAUAUGAAUGAGUGUUAUGAAACGUGUGUUUAUUUGAGUGGCCUAUCCUGUAUGGUUUAACAAAAGUUGUAAUUUUUUUUUAAUUUUGAUAAUCACUGUUAAUGAUAAUAAUCUCACUUGUUUAAAGCUUUAUUAUAUAGCAUUGCAAUUUGCUAUCAACCUAUAUUCCAUGCUGACUGGUUAUUACAGUACAAAAUGUAUAUAUCAACAAAGGUGUUGGUUAACUAACUCACAAUUUUGACCCUAAAAAUCUGAGGAAUUUCAAUAUGGUAAUGUAGUGGAUAUUUGAUUAAAACAUGUGUUAAAAUGUCCUAUUGUUUCAGUUAAAACAUAUUUUUGAUCAAUAGGGUCAUUAGUGACGUAAUCGUGACAUCUAAAUGAAGGGGAAUUCUGUAAAAAACUGAUUUUUUGCAGAAUUCUAUGAUAGUUUUGUGAAAAUUU